AUGGAGACGCUCGUGAGGCUCAAGAGGCUGGUGCUGACGGAGUGUAAGCAGCUGAUGGGUCCCUUUGAUGGUUUGCCAUCCUCUCUUGAGACCCUCUGCGUGGGGCCCACCUGGAGAGAUUCCCAUGUGGUGGACAUCUCGCAGCUGUCGCAGCUGAGGGUGCUGAAGCUGAACCGCGUUGGGGUAAAAUGCUCGGCUGCAGUGUGCUGGAAGCAGUCGAGCGAGGAGCAGCUGGACUUAUUUUCCGAAGGAGAAGGUCGAAAACUCCCACUUCUUUUGCCUUUCAUCCCUUGCCUGCUCGGCUUAGCGAGUGAGAAGCUGGAGAUGUUGGAAGAGCUGAAGCAAGUCGUGCUACAGAAGGAGGUGGAGAAGCUAGAGCAGCUGGAGCAGUUGGAGAUGCGUUUACACAACGACGAUCGGGAGCUCCAAUUUUUUUUGGCUUUCCUCCCUCGCCUGCGCAGCUUGCUGAUAGAGGCGCUGGGAAUCCGCAGCGUCCCAGUAAACAUGGCAGCAGCGUUGCCACAGCUGCGGCAGCUGCAGCUUCUUUCUUGGACACCGGAGGAGCUGCCUGAAACCAUUGUGGAGCUUACGAAGCUGACGUCACUUAUGGUUGAAGCGCCUCAGCUGGCGUCUCUACCUCAAGGCCUGAGCCGCUUGAUACUGGAUGGCAAAGGGGCCUUUGAAGCUGGUGCCACAGCAGUGAAGCUGAUACCCAACCAGUUAGGGGCGUGUGUGAGGUUGACUAGAGGGAGCAGUGAAGUGGGGAGUGAAGGAGGGGUUGAAGGAGGGGUUGAAGGAGGGGGUGAAGGGGGCUUCCAGCCCACAGGUUUACGCCCCUACAGCAUUGUCUCCCUCCCACAUCCCGCUCAGAAGCCGUUGCUCCAUUUCCUUCUUUCUCUCCCCCUUCCCCCUCGCCUUCCCCCGCCAGCACCACCAUUGCUUCUCCUACACCCACCCACAUCUUCCCCAAUGAAACACGAGCGCACGGCUCACAGCAUCCUGCGGGCUGCUGAGGCUGCCCCUAGAUUGGCGCGUAGAUUGGUGCACUAUUCAAGGGGAACCGGUGGGCUAUCGAGCACACUCCUUGCCAUGGUUGCCAAAAUUGGCGUGACAGGCAACAUGGGCACUGUGCACUCCUCGCCCAGGCUGCAUCGCACCUUCCCUUCACCACCUAUUACCCUCUUCCCUUGUCUUUCCCCCCCACCCCUCUCCUCUUACCACCACACCUGCUUCUCUUACACUGACAUCUGCCUGACCGACUCAUGCCCCUACUGCCUGGACACACUGUCUCCCACACCCCUCUCAUGUGUCACUGUGUGGUUUACCGUAUUCUCCCUCUCCCCUUUCCCCCCCACUCGCCCCCCCUCUCCUCCCUUUUCACCAGCUUUGCUCCGACUCCGCACCUACUUCUCCCACACCUAG